AUGUCUUCAUCUGAGAUAUCAACAAAAAAUAAACGUAGCUGGAAAGCUUUUAAUAAUAUUGGUCAUAAAUUAACAUAUUCAAAAACUAAUAUUCUAUUUUGGAGUAAUAAAAAUAAGAAUAAAAAUGAUGGAUUACCUAGUGAGGGUAAUUUAAAAUAUUUUGAUUCACAUUCUCAGGAAAAUGUAGAAUGCAAAAAAAGUAAUAAAUUUAUUGGUAAAAAACCUGAAGAUAGUGGAAGAUUUGAACGUAGUCCAUUAGUUGUUCAUGCAAUUGAUACAACGGAUUCAUAUAAUGAUUAUUUGAUAGAAAGUUACAAAUUAUCAAUGAAACAACAAAAAGAUUAUACCUUAGAAGGAGUAGAAGGUUCCUCACAACGUGCCCAGUCUGUAGAUAAAAUAUAUAAUGAUUGUUAUAUGAAGGGAGAAGCUUUUUCAAGUGAAGAUUUACAUCCUUUUUAUAUUACUAAAAAUAAGUCUUCAGUUGAUGUUAACAAAACUUAUAAUUCAUUAUAUACCAUUAAAUCUAUUGAUAAGUCAUACAGUGAUGUUCUUAAUUCUGAAGAAAUUUCUCAAGACAUUUUGUUUUGGCUUAAAACUCAAGAUUCAAAAGCUUAUAAGUUGGAAAAACAUGAAAGAUUACAGGCAAUGUUAUCAGGUUAG